CAGCAAGGCCAUACCAUAGAGUCUAUCCGUGAUGCUAUGAUUGAUAUCUGCCAGAUGUAUCUGAAAGCCGGAAUUCCAGAAGUAAUCAGUCUGCUCUUUCAUGAAAAGAAUAUGAGUAUCUCAAGGACUGUAGUCUCCUCGUACUUCACUAUCUUCAAGCCUGAACUUGUAUGUGAAUGUAAGGCUAGGUGUCUCAAGAGGGGGCGCUUCUGGGCUGCUGGUGUGAAUGACUUAUUCGCUGUCAACCAACAUGAUAAAUGGUUAAGAUUUGGUCUUGGUCUUCACAGUGGGAUUGAACCAUUUUCUGGACAUAUUAUGUGGAUCCAUGUUUGGCAUUCUAAUAGAAACCUGCAGCUGAUUUUAUCAUACUACCUUGAUACCAUUGAAGAACUUGGUCAUAUGCUCAUUACUCAGAGUGACUUAGGUAGUGAAAACUUUGGUAUCGCCAACACUCAAACCCUUCUUCGCCAACACUAUGAUCCCGACCUCCAAAGAAUGCUGCAGCAUCGCUGGAUGCAUUCCAAAAAAAAUAUUAUGCUAGAAAUUACUUGGUCUCAGCUAUGGCAUCGGUUCACUCCAGGCUCCGAGAUGAUGCUUGAUCACAGUGUCAACGAAGGGUUGUAUAAUGUAGGAAACACCCUUCAAAAGUUCAUACCUCUGAUUUUGCAUGGUUUUCAUUGGGUUUUCAUACCUUGGCUGCAGCAAGAAUUAGAUGUGUAUCACAACUGUGUUAACAACACAGCCAAGAGACAUGACUGCAAUAAGGUACUCCCGCAUGGCGUCCCAAGCCUAAUCUAUGACUACCCUCAAGACUUCAAUGCUUUGGAUUUCAAGGUUACCAUAGACCAUGAGGGCAUGGAUUGGGUCCAACAACUUUAUAUCAAUCCCUCUCAUCCUGUGUUUGACAUCAUCCCACCCACCCUCGGCAACUUUAUUCAACAUUGCUAUGAUCAAAUGGGUUAUCCCAAAGUCAUUCGCUCAUCUGUGUGGAUGGUUUAUAGGAACUUGCUGUCUGUCCUGCAACUUGCAGAUAACAUGCCACCCACAUUAAUGGAUGAGACUGAGACUAAUGAAGAUGACGUCCCUUUACUUGAGGGUUGUUCUGAUUUGCCAUUCUGUGAGGAAGCAAAUGGCCCUUACUAUAUGGGUGGUGUGGGGGGAGGAUUGGGCUUAGGUGUGAAAUAUUUCACUCAAUCUAACCACUUUCUGACUCAGACAUUAUUAAGAUGCUUCCCAUCACAACCAGUUGGAUGCUCUUGUUGA